UUGGGCAGAUAAGCAGAGUUCAGGGUUACACCCUCUAAUUCAUGCGGCAUUCUUCUUUCAAUCUCCAGAGCUGAAAGAUCUUCCUAAUUAAUUGAUAGGUCGACAAAGUUCAAAUUUUUAGCCUCAGGAGCAAGAAGAAGAAGAGAGGAAAAUGGUGAAAGUGGCAACGUACUUCGCAAUGACAUUAGGAGCCUUCAUAUUCUGGCAAUCUAUGGAGAAGGUUCAUGUCUGGAUCGCCCUUCAUCAAGAUGAAAAGAAGGAGAGACUGGAGAAGGAAGCAGAGAUCAAGAGAGUCAGAGAAGAGCUCCUUCGACAAGCCAGAGAGAAGGAAGAUACUCUUGCUUGACGUCUCUCCCCUUUGUAUUGGCACUUGCUUUCCUUAAAUUUUCUGUUUGUCCUAUUGAGUUCUAAUAUGCAUAAUUUUAAUUCUCUAGUAAGCCGAUCGGCUUUGAUUGUCACAGGUACUUUACUGUUCUGUUCUACCAAUCCCCAACUUGUUUCGAUCAUCAGAACUAAAUUGCAUCUAUAUUUUCACCUGCUCUUCAUUGUGUACCUAAUGCAAUUUAUAUUUGCUUUCGGUUUUAUGUGGAACGAGCAAUAAGAAAUUCAUUUGUGGCAAGUCUUUAACACAAUUGGUUUUUCAA